CACCAUCCAAUCAGCCUAUUAUUCGCUGCAGGGUCUGAAUAUGGGACAGAGAAGCUUACAUGACGAAAGAAAGAUACGUUUUCUUGUGGUUCUUCUUGUUCUAAUGAAAAAAAAAAAACGACUUUCAGGUCCUUGGUACGAGAAUUUACUUCCUUCUACCCUUGUCUAUUAUUUUGAUACAGAUACACAAAUUUGAGAGAAAAAAAAAAGUUCAUCGACGAGGAUGGGAUUCGAACCCACGCGGGGAGACCCCAAUGGAUUAGCAGUCCAUCGCCUUAACCACUCGGCCACCUCGUCAUACAUACCGACGUGCCAAAGAACCUAUAUAACUUUUGCUAACGAACCGUGUGAAUGUUCAUCUGUAAAAACAAUUGCAUGCAUUUAAAAAAUGUCGAUGAAGAGAUACUUACUAUCUUUUAUUAGAUCCUGAUAUAUUCUGUGACAUUUAUAGAUGAUCAAAGGUAUUCAGUGAUAAAGUCAGCCUGACCCAGACUCAAAAAUGGAGUGACAGCUUUCACAGAAACAUUAAAAGAUGGAGAAUGAGUUAGCUGCAGAGAUGUCAGCCCAUCCAGGCACUACCACACAUUUUCGUGUUGCUCUUGCGGCAGGGGCAGCAGCAGGAACAUCUGUGGAUGUGGCCCUGUUCCCACUGGACACAAUCAAAACCAGACUCCAGAGCCAGCAAGGAUUUAGAGCAGCAGGAGGUUUUCGAGGCAUUUAUUCGGGACUUUUGUCAGUCACUCUAGGAUCUGCUCCGACUGCUGCUCUGUUUUUCGGCUCAUACGAAACAACAAAGUUCAUCUUGCAAAGGUUGUUGCCAGAGCACUUGGCUCCAGUAUCUCAUAUGGUUGCCGCUGCCACAGGAGAGGUGAUCGCCUGCUUAAUUCGUGUACCAGUGGAAGUAGUCAAGCAGCGUGCUCAGGCUGCUCCUGCCCUGUCUUCCAUCAAGAUUUUCAAACAAACUUUGGCUGCUGAGGGCUUGUAUGGACUCUAUAGAGGAUAUUCCACUACUGUUGCAAGAGAAAUUCCAUUUUCCUUCAUCCAAUUCCCACUCUGGGAGUUCUUCAAGAAGCAGUGGUCUGUGAAGACACAAAAAUCCAUUGCUGCUUGGCAGUCGUCUCUUUGUGGGGCAUUAGCUGGUGGGAUUUCUGCAGCUCUGACAACACCCCUUGAUGUCGCCAAGACACGCAUUAUGCUGGCUCAGAAAGGCAGUCCAACAGCUAGUGGCAGCUUUAUCUUUGUCAUGAGACAUAUCUACUGGGAAAACGGUGUUCCAGGGUUGUUUGCUGGAGUAGUUCCUCGUGUCAUGUGGAUCUCCAUAGGUGGUGCUAUUUUUUUGGGUGUUUAUGAGAAGGUAAAAAUUGUUCUGGAAGGAAUGAUGCUGAAUACAGUGAAGAAAUAGUGCAUGAUCUUUUGAUAUCUGCUUCAUGGCCUUCCUAAUCAGAUAGUUUCAACAUGAUCAUUAAGAAAGAAAGACGUAUAAAACCUUAUGUCAUUGUUGUGUGAUUAUCUUAUUAUGACACCAGCUAGACGAUUUAGGACAUUAAUGUGUUUUGAGCUUGUUAGGCUUCAGUCUACAAGCUCACUCUUAACUAAGAUGGUGUUAUUAGUGCUCUUGUGAACUAAAGCAGUAGCAUUUGUUGUAACAUGUUUUGCUGGAGAUUUAUUGCAGAUGCUCUGCACAUGCUGUUACCUUCUUCUCUAAAGUCAAAAAGUUAAAAAUUAUCUAUAGAGUAGUUUUCAUUUGAAGCUUCAUUCAUAAAUGUGAUUUUUAUCAUGUGUAAUGCAAACCGUUAGUUAUGAAAUACUCGUAUCCUUACUUACAUUUGCACAUUAUGCUCAAGUUAUGCCAGUAAUAGCUACACAGCUAUAUACCUCAUAGGAGGCAACAUUUACUAUUCACACUGUACAAAAGUGGGAAUUAUUUGCUUUCACAAUGCUCUAUGUACAUGCAUGUGGUGAGGAAAUGCCAAUAUGGCAAGAGGAGAGUUGAAGGCAACAAAAGGCCAUGAAAGGUGUGUACACUUAAGAUCAUAUUUUUCUUUUUGGUUGUCUGCUAAUUUUCAAUCUUUGCCAGAGAGGUGUGCCUCUUAGUAGGAAAAAUCAAUGCUCAGUCUUCCUCCUCUUGUUCACACUUUAAUGUGUAAUAAAUGUUGAGCGUCAGGCUUCGUGGACAAUGAAUUCAGUCAAGUGAUUGUUAACAGAUGAACUGAUGUAAAAUUUUGUGUAUCUGGCUGCCUUAAAUAAAAGGGAUUCAUAAACAGU